GACUAAGCUCCUUGACCAAAACCUUAAUAUUUCUCGAUACAUAUCCUUGCGCAUUACAUUAUGAUUACUCCAGCCUCUUUUGGAUCUGAUUCUUCCCAAUGCUCGUCACAGCCAUUGCAGCACUUGGUUGCCCAGACUCAAAUUGUCGGAUUCUCUCCGUCCAUUACCCACAGCUCAACCAUUACUUUGGUUCCCCCAUCGCAGCCGACAGAUCAAAGCUUGAUCCACUCUUCUGAUUUUGAUGCAGUAUCGCACUCGAGCCAUGUCAGUUGGAUCAGUAUUGGCAUCAAUCGCCAUGUUCGAUUCAACAGCAGCACAAGCAGUCUAGGCAGCAGCGACUCAGAGCAGGCCUCUGAUGCCAUUCAUACCCCAUACACGGCGUUGCAAUCUACCACAUCAACAAGGUCCAAACGCCGACCUCGCACGGUGUUCCCAUCUGCUAUUCCAUCGCUUGCGUUAGAUACUGCAUCUACUAGUGACACCACAGAUAGCGAUCUUGAUAGUGAGGCUGAUGUGUGUGACGCUUCUGGGUUCACUGGUGAACACCAGAACGCUGUGCUGGCCACAGUUUGCGGGUUGCAUCAGGUCAAUACAUUUAGUAAACCCAUUGAUGUUCGACUGACACUAUCUCAACAGCGACACUUGUCAGUUCACACUGCUCAACGUCGGGUAGUCUGUGCUCAUUUGAAUGCAGAGUUUACUCGUCCCCGCACCAUUAGCGUACGCAGAUGAGGCUGUUUAUGAUGGGUGGAUACCAGAUCGGAUGCAUGUUUAGAUUGAAGGUGCUUUGUUUUGCCUGAGCCGACCGAACGAUGCGUGAUCAUGGCAUUGAGAUAGACAGCGAGUAUACACAGCAAUAUACCGAUAUGCAUAAACAUCUUAUGUCUAAUCGCAUAUAUUGUUCAUGACUUGCUUUUCUCAAAGGCACGGGUUCAGUAGUGGGCGUAGUCACAGAUCGCUUCAAGGGUUAAAUUAACAAUUGCCAGCACUUAUUCUGGUCCUAGUUUGAGCGAUGCCUGCGAGCUGUGGCUCGACCAACUUGAUCUAUUGCUAGCUGUUUCAUUUCAGACACCAGCUGUGUUGUGACUUGUAUUCCAGAGUUGCUUAUUUCACUACGGUCUCUGCUAGUUUCAUGUGCUGUCUGCGGUGCGGCUUUGCUUUAUCUUUUCGUAUAUCGACUCUACUAUUCUAAAGUGGCUUGAAUCGUAUUCCAGCACUUUGUGCCAUGCCGUCUCUUUCAGUGUUACUCUAACCCUAACCCUUUUCUGGCGGCAUACCAUUCGCUUUGCUCCGACAUCUUUCUAUUAGACUUUUGACCUUUCUGGUUUCAACUCACAACAGACCCAUAAUAUCCUCACUUGCACCAAAUCUCCACACUAAUAUCCAUCUGAUUACUUUUUGUUGCUACAGCAAGAUGUUUUCUUGCUACAUCCAUACCAAAAUAGCUUCGUUUUGCAUGCACUAGUUUUUGAAUAAUAAAAGUUUGAUUCUAG